UUCUGAUACACCUGCUCACCACGAAAAUGGAGUAUCAGAAACUAAGGAAAAUGAUGAGUAAAUUUAAGAAGAUUAUACUCUCGAGAAAGAUUGGCGACAGUUUGCCGCCAACUCUCGAGAUAGAAGAACCCAGCAGCUUGUUGAUUAAAGACGAUGAAGAAAACAAAGAACUAAAGGAAGAAAAUGAAGCAGAAGCAACAAAAGAAGAAAAAGAAGAAAAGAAACUAAAGAACUUGGUUAUGGAAGAUUCGGAAGGCGACGGAGGAGGGGGAAAUUGUAACGUCGACGAUGUAGAAAAUGAGUUACUUUUUGGUGAACCUAAACAGGAAGAAGAAGAAGAAGUAGUGGAUGAAUGUCCGUGCGAAGAAGAGGAGAAGAAACUCACAAACUUGGUUAUGGAAAAAUUAGAAGGCGACGGCCCUGGUGAUGGAGGAGGAGGGGAAAAUUGUAAUCUCCAAGAUGAAAACGACUUGGAAAUAGGGUUACUAUUUGAUGAAGUAGAAGAAGACGACGACGACGAAGAAGAAGAAGAAGAAAGCAUGGAGACGUUGAGUACAGAUGAGUUGAAUAACAAGUUCGAAGAUUUCAUACGACGGAUGAAGGAAGAUAUUAGGAUGGGUAGAAAUAAUUAUAAUGAUCAAGAAAAUUAUAAUUACGACAUUAAUUUGUAUGACAAGAAUUGGCCAAUCAUUAUAGAAGAAGAAGAAGAAGUAGUGGAUGAAUGUCCAUGCGAAGAAGAGGAGAAGAAACUCACAAACUUGGUUAUGGAAGAAUUAGAAGGCGACGGCCCUGGUGAUGGAGGAGGAGGGGAAAAUUGUAAUCUCCAAGAUGAAAACGACUUGGAAAUAGGGUUACUAUUUGAUGAAGUAGAAGAAGACAACGACGACGAAGAAGAAGAAGAAAGCAUGGAGACGUUGAGUACAGAUGAGUUGAAUAACAAGUUCGAAGAUUUCAUACGACGGAUGAAGGAAGAUAUUAGGAUGGGAACAGGAUAUGGUAUAGACAGGUACGGAAAAAAAAAAAAAGGAGAGAAAAGAAAAGAAAAAUUAAGCGGUGCUAAUAGAUCUUUAAAGAUCACAGCUCAAAAUUCAGGUACAAAAAUGUUUGAUGGUUCACAAAUCAGUCUUCUGGUUUUUUGGUUGGAGGUGCUGGUGACUAGUGAGGUGUUUAUGGUAGUGGUAGCGGUCGAUGAUGGUGAUGUGCUGGCGCUUGUGUCAUGGCGGUCGUGGUGGUUUCUAGUGGUGGUGGAGGUGGAUCUAGUGUCGACGAUUUUUGUUAGUGGUGCUGUCGUGGUGGUAUUGGAGACGGCGGCGAUGGGAUGA